AUGUCACACCUCAACCUCUACGGUCGAGGUCUUAGCCUUCGCAUUGCCAUCCUCAUCACCUGUCAGGUUUCAUUUGCGGUUUAUGGCUAUAACCAAGGCGUCUUCUCGGGGAUCGUUGGCAACGAGGACUUCCUCGAUGUAGUGCAUCACCCCGGCGCGGUAUUCGUCGGCUUCAUUGUAUCCAUCUACAACAUCGGAUGUAGUGCAGGGGCAAUCCUCGCUUUUCUAACAAGUGAUCGACUCGGGUUCCGCUGGACAAUGUGGAUGUCGACGGCGUGGGUUUUGAUCGGAGCUGUCCUGCAAGCGACUUCCUUCACCACCGCGCAGCUGCUCGUUGCUCGCUUCAUCACCGGAAUCGGGGUGGGCACCAUGACUACCGUCACGCCGGUUUACCAAUCUGAACUCUGCGAAGCGCGCAGGCGAGGAAUGUACGUUUGCAGCCAACCUUUAUUUGUCGGCGUCGGCAUCGUGCUUUCCUAUUGGUUUGACUACGGAAUGAGCUAUGUCGACGGACCCACGAGCUGGCGACUUCCUAUCGCUUGCCAGGGGGUAUUGGUCAUUUUUAUUGCCGGGAUGGUUGUGGGACUUCCUGAGAACCCGCGGUGGCUCUAUCGCAAGGGGCACAGUGCUCAAGGCUUUCAGGUCCUUUGUGACUUUUAUGAUUGCCUUCCGGAUGACCCCAAAGUUAUCAAGGAGUCAGCGGGCAUUCAGCGAGCCAUUGAGCUCGAUGCCCUACGGGGUGAAUAUAAAUGGAGUCAGCUGUUUAAGAAAGACGACCUGCGGACCGGUCGACGCGUCCUGCUGGCUUUUGGCUUACAGUUCAUGAACCAGAUGUGUGGUGUCAAUAUGAUAGUAUCCUACGUAACCUCCAUUUUCGAGAAAAACAUCGGCCUCGACAAGAAAACCAGUCUUCUCAUGGGAGGAGUGAUUCAAUUCAUGUUCAGCCUUGGCGCAUUCUACCCAACCUUCUUCGUGGAUCGACUCGGCCGUCGGAAACCCAUGCUCUGGGGCUCCUUCGGACUUUUUCUCUGCAUGAUGAUGAUCUCCAUUCUUCUGUCCUUCCAAGGGACGGCCGUCGAGACAGAAACCGCCUCUGCAUCGGUGGCAUUCUUCUUCCUGUUCUUGCUCACGUUUGGGGCGUCGUUGAACUGCAUCCCUUGGGUGUAUGGGCCCGAGCUGCUGCCCCUGCAUGUUCGCGCUAAAGGAACAGCGAUUAGUAUCGCCGCGAACUGGCUCUGGAAUUUCUUCAUCUCCAUGAUCUCUCCCACCUUGAUCGAGGACUUGGCCUGGAAAGGAUACCUCAUUUUCAUGUGUUUCAAUUUCCUAUUUAUUCCGACAAUCUACUUCUUCUACCCCGAAACCGCCGGCCUAACACUCGAACAAAUCGACACCCUAUUCAUCACCAAGCGCGCAGCCCUCGCACCCCCCGACGAAGAACAUUUCAACUGCGACUGCGGUAUAGAACAAAACGACGAUAAAGACCCGCGCGAUGGUCGACCAGGAGAAGAUAAGAAAAGUCCACGGCCCCGCGUGACCGAGAUAUCGGUUACGGAUGACGGGUCAGUGUCGGGUUCUUCUUCUGGCUCGUCUUCUCCGACAUCUACUACGCCUGCGGCCUCGCCGGUCGAGGGAGAUGUUAUUACCCCUGUGGAGGAGGGGAAGAGUGAUAGGAACAAAGAUAGGGAUGUGAGGUCCGUGGCGGAUGGUGAUGCUGCUGCUGCUAGGACUGCUUCAUCUAGUAAGUCGGGCUAA